AUGGAAACCCCACGGUCAGAACAUACUCAGACAAAUGCGACCAGCCGGACUGCUUCCAUCGGAUCUGGUCAUGAGCAACUUGACUUCCUCAACCUCCCCAUCCGCGAGCUGAGCGAUGGCGCCGAUCUUCGCGAAUACACCACCGAGACAAGGGAAGGCGAGAUCAUCAAGCCUGUCAAGUCUAAUGCCACUGGCAAGCUGGAGGACUGGAAGUUGGUAACUUUCACCAUUGAUGACCCUGAGAACCCUAAAAACUGGUCGAAGCUUUACAAAUGGUACUGCACCAUGGUCGUUGCUUUCACUUGUUUCGUAGUGGCUUUUGCUAGCAGUACCAUCACUGCUGAUCUUGAAGGACCUAUGGAAGACUUCGGUGUCUCGCGUGAAGUCAGCUUGGUUGUUGUCACUGUUUUUGUCAUUGGAUUCGGUGUUGGCCCCAUGGUAUUUGCUCCUAUGUCUGAGAUGGUCGGACGUCGCCCAUUAUAUGCUGCCACACUCUUGAUUGCUGUCAUCUUCAUCGUUCCAUGUGCUGUCGCCAAGAACAUCGGAACCCUUAUUGUCUGCCGUUUGAUCGACGGUAUCGCUUUCAGUGCACCUAUGACUUUGGUCGGUGGUACUCUCGCCGAUUUGUGGAAGAGUGAGGAGCGAGGUGUUCCCAUGGCAGCUUUCAGUGCCGCGCCCUUCCUUGGGCCCGCCAUUGGUCCUCUUGUAGGUGGUUUCCUUGGAGACCACGCUGGCUGGCGCUGGCUUUACUGGCUCCAGUUGAUUCUGGGCUUCGUUGCGUGGUGCCUGAUCACCUUCACUGUCCCAGAGACAUACGCCCCAAUCCUAUUGAAGAAGAGAGCCAAUAAGCUCCGCAAGUCUGAGAACGAUGACAAGUACACCACUGAAGCCGAGCUUGACCCGCGUCCCCUUGGCGAGAAGCUGCGCAUUUUCCUUUUCCGCCCCUUCCAGCUCUUAUUCCUCGAGCCCAUCGUCUUGUUCAUCUCUCUCUACAUGUCUGUCCUGUACGGCCUGCUCUACAUGUUCUUCGUUGCCUACCCCAUUGUCUACCAAUCCGGUAAGGGCUGGAGCGCCUCCUCGACUGGUCUCAUGUUCAUUCCCCUAGCUAUCGGUGUUCUUAUGAGCGCAGCCUGUGCUCCCUUCGUAAACAAGCACUACCUCAAGGUUUCUGCCGAAUGCGGCGGCAAACCUCCUGCCGAAAAGCGUCUGAUCCCCAUGAUGUGGGCUUGCUGGCUUAUUCCCAUCGGUCUCUUCAUCUUUGCCUGGACCUCCUACACCGAUCUGCACUGGAUCGGACCAGCCAUGGGAGGCUGGCCUGUUGGAUUCGGCUUCAUCUUCCUCUACAACUCGGCCAACAACUAUCUUGUGGAUACUUAUCAGCACCAGGCAGCCUCUGCUCUCGCUGCGAAGACUUUCCUGCGUUCGAUGUGGGGCGCCUCCACUGUUCUUUUCACCGAACAGAUGUACAACCGUCUCGGCUACCAAUGGGCCAGUUCACUCCUUGCCUUCAUCGCAUUGGCUUGCUGUCUCAUUCCCUAUGUCUUCUACUUCAAGGGAGAAGCCAUUCGCCGCUUCUCGAGAUACGCUUUCAGCGACGAUGAGGAGCAGGCCAUCAAGGCCUAG